CCAGGAAGCGCGUCGGGCAGUCGGAUACUCUGCUGGAAUGCUUGGGAGAGGGACCAUCCCUUUUGUCCAUUUGCGAGAGAGAGAGAGAGCCAGUGGGGAGGAGGUGAAGGAGAGGAGGAGGAGGAGAGGAGGAGGGGUGGCGAUAGGAGAGAGGAACAGACAUGGCUUCUAAAGAGAUCCCUGCCUCUGGUUUCCUAAGUGUGAGCAAGGAUAUCACAGAAAGCAUCAGGAAGACUUUCGAUAAAUCAUCAAUCAAGUUUGUUUAUGGAAUUAAGCUUGACACCAAAAAUGGCAAAACAGAGGACAGAAUCCUGGUCCUUGCAACAUGGCGUCUCUAUUUCCUGGCACCAAAGAUUCCCGCUAAGGUAGAAACCACGUUCAACUUCUUGGAGAUUCGAGCUUUGAAUUCCCACCCUGAGCACCAGGUUAUUAUCGACACUGACAAGACCAGCUACUCCCUGAGGUUUGAGUCACGCGAAAACCUCAAUCAUGUGGUCAGCCAUAUUAAUUUGGCUCUGUCUCGAAUAUUCAACAACUCCAUUUUUGCCCCUUCCAUCUGUCAUUCAGACAGUGACCUUUCUGAGGGCAGCAGGAAGUAUUCACCCAGCUCAGAGACGUCAGUGGAAACCCAGAGGGCCUGUGGAGGCUUCUCGGAGACAUACGCCGCUCUGUGCGACUAUAAUGGCAUCAGCUGCAAGGAGGAAGUGCAGUGGGAUGUGGACACAAUCUAUCACUCCCAGGACAGCCGAGAGUUUAACCUGAUGGACUUCAGCCACCUGGAGAGCAGGGAUUUGGCGGUGAUUGUUGCAUCGAUGGCAUACAACACCUGGUUCACUAAACUGUACUGCAAAGACCUGCGAAUAGGGUCAGAGGUCACUGAGCAGGUCCUGCACACUGUCAGCAAAUCCUCCAGCCUGGAGGAGAUCACGCUGGAGAACGCUGGGUUGAAAUCAGACUUUCCACACAAGAUGUCAGCUGCUCUUUCAGAGAACCCUGCUUCGGUCAUCCACUCGCUCAACUUGGCCCACAACUCACUGGACAACCAAGGUGUGUCCAACCUAAUUCAGCAGGUGUGUCGCCUCAGCAAGGGACUUCGUCUCCUCAACCUCUCCAAGACCUCGCUCACCUCCAAAGGAGUGGUGUCUCUCUCUCAGGCUCUGUGCUCCAGCGACGAGUACUCCAACUCUCUCCUGCACCUGGACCUGAGCAAGAACCCCGGGGUCCUUUCGGGGGAGGAUGCCUCGGUCAGGACGCAUCUGGAAACAACAACAAACACUGCUCCAUUUAUACGCCACUUUUCCAGCUUAAUAUCUCUUCCUCUUUCUGUCUCCAGAAUUUCUAUCUCUUCCUGUCUCAGCCCAACUGCCUGGUCCAUUUGGAUCUGUCGGGCACAGACUGCUCCGUGGAUUCAGAAAGUGAAGGACACGCUGCCGUUGUUCCGUCAGUUCUUCAGCUCGGCCUUUAGCCUCACUUAUGUCAGCCUGGCAUCUAUGAAGCUGCCCCCCGACGUUCUGAGGGCUCUGCUAACCGGGUUAACCUCCAAUCCUCAUAUCAAUGAUCUACAUCUGGAUAUCAGUGGCUGCGAGCUACGGUCUGCAGGAGCUGCUGUAUUCCAGGAACUCUUCCCCAGAGUCUCUUCCAUCGGCACUCUGGAUAUAUCAGACAACGGUCUGGAUGCAGACCUGCUGACAGUACUGCCGGCCCUCUCCAGACACCCCUCCCUCAAACACCUUUAUCUGGGCAAGAACUUCAACAUCAAAAACAGGGUCCUGGAUGAAGUCCUGCAGAAGCUGGUUUACCUCAUACAGGAGGAGGAAUGUGCCCUGCAGUCUCUGUCCAUGGCCGACUCGCGCCUGCGCUCUCGGGGCACCGUGCUGGUCAACGCCCUGGGCAGCAACACCUGCCUGAGGAAAGUGGACCUGAGCGGGAACAACAUGGACGACAUCGGAGCCAAGAUGCUGAGCAAAGCCCUGCAGAUCAACACCACGCUCAGGAGUGUGACAUGGGAUCGCAACAACACCUCUGCAGGAGGAUUUCUAGAUGUGGCCCGAGCACUUGAACAUAAUUUCACAUUGCAGUACAUGCCUCUACCGCUCAGUGACAUCAGCCAGGCGUACCGCAGCGCCCCCGAGAGGACAGAGCAGGCACUGACCAAGAUCCAGCGCUCUCUGGUGAGGAACAACCAGACCCAGCGCUUCUCUCAGAGACAGGCUCUGCGGCUGCACCAAGGACUGGUCACCAGCACUGCCGAGCAGGUUAUGGAGCGCUUCUGCGUGCGCGUCCAGCAGCAGGUGUGUGUGUUGCGAGGCGCCGGAGAGAUGGAGGAGAUUCAAGCUGCUAAACAAGUGUUAAAAGAGGCCAGGAACUCCCGCGCUCUGUACCCUUCCCUGUGCGAGCUGGCUCAUGUGCUGUCUGUGGACGGGCCAGUGCGGCAGAGACUGGACUCUCUGGCUGGUGAACUCGCCAAAGCUGCGGACAAGGAGCUCCAGGUGAUCGUGGACUCUAUGGUGUCUCUCUGUCGCGAGCUCUGCCCUUUGUCUUCUUCUGCGGCAGAGAGGUUGAGUCCUCCGCUCUCAUCCGUCUCCGAGCGCGUGUCCAUCCCUCGCUCGGCCAUUCGGACCGCUCUGAUGGAACGAGCAGCGCAGGACAUCCACCGAGCCUUGGAAGAAGUGAAGCUGUCGGUGGUUUCCUAUCUCACCAACUCCAUCGUGGACCAGAUCCUGCAGGAGCUCUACGCCACCCAUAAGACCCUGACUCGGCAGGUGUCUCACGUGAAGCACUGGGAGGGGACAUGUAAAGACGGGACAGGCUGGAGGUUCAACAGACACAGAGACUCUCUGGACAUCACAGACGAGGAGCUCAGCACCAGCAUAGACACUAUAGCCAUUAAGAAGCGCAGCUCGAGAACAAGACGAAUACGCCCUGUCUCCACCAGGCUGAGUCUGUGUGACGACUCCAGCUCUUCUCCACCGCCCUCCGUGCCGUCGUAUUCCUCGCCGCUAUCCCGCUCGGCAUCCUGGGAGGGUCUGUCAGAGCUGCCUACGCAGGGUCUGCCUCUCCACCAUGUGACGCGGGUUCGGCCGAGGCCUCCGCGGAGGCACAGAGGAGGCCACGUCCCCGCUGAGACUCAUUGCAGUGAAAACGGAGGAAUAAGCCCUCUUGAUGAUGGACUCCCAGAUUUCUACACUAAAAGAGUGCUCCCCGACAGUCAGCUCUCGUCUCUGCACAAAGCCCACUCGCUGAGGAGGAAGAAGAGGAGAAACAUGCUGGCCAUCUUCGGUUUCCGUAAGAACCGCAACCAAACUUUGUCCAAUCAGGGGCCGGAGUCUGAAGCCGAGGUUUAUGGGGACAGGUGUCACGUUCACACAGGGACAGCCACAGAGAAUGAAUACACGCUCCUUCAGCCGCCGAGAGCCGCUGCCAGAGCUGGAUCCCCGGGCGACGGGGCUGAUGGGAGAAUGAACGAACACCAGGGUAAAAAUGCUCUGGUUUUGAGUCCGCCACCAGUGCCGGGCAUCCCUCACCCGGACAUGGGAGGAAGCAAACACCCCUUUUAUUCUCCCAGAGAGAUAUCUGAAAUGGACUCUGUGUUUGAACAUCCGUUGGAGACAGACCAGUACUGGGUGGACGACAAACACAGGACAACAGACGCGCACGCAGACACGCCGCGGAUAGAAGUGAUGCAGGGUGACCAUCAUGUAGAGAGACAGCAGUUCGAUAGCAAGCUGCAAGAAAGAUCGUUUGGAGAGGCGAGGACAGCCGACAGACAAACAGACAAGUACUGGACUGAGAGUAGACACCCGGACAGACACGUGGACAGACAGUGGACUGUUGACAGACACACCCAGCGGCAGAUUGACAGGAAGAUAGAGAGGCAGUGGAUGGGCGGCAGACAGAUAGACAGGUCGUGGUCAGAGAACAGGCCGACGGACAUACAGGUGGACAACCAGUGGACUGAGAACAGACACGGAAGUAGGAAGACAGAGAGACAAGUGCAGGCGCUUCAUUUGGCUCAAAGGCCGCUGCCCCCAUACCCGUCGGACAGGACCCCCUCGCCGAAGCAGGAAACGGAUCCUCUGAAAAGCGCAGAGGCGGCUGCUACAGACGGGCAUCAGCAGGACACGCUGGGAGACAGACAGAUGGGUCCCGAUGCUGGCGGAGGCUUCACGGAGGGAUGGAGGGGCGGAGGAGGCGGCGGAGGAGGAGGUCGAGCCCCUCCCUGUGCUAAACCCGAACCCCCGCCGCAGAGCAGCAAACCCACCCUGUCCAAACUGAGACAGAGACAUCGGCUCGAGAGCUCAGACGCUCCAAGAGGUACAGAGAAGGAAGCAGAUGUAGACAAGUAUCCUGGAAAGAUGGAAAAGAAGGAGAGAGAAAAAAGAAGAGACUCGGAGGGUCAACCGCCUCCGAUUCCGGAAAAGCCAAAGACGUCCUCGUAUGUGACUUUUCCAAAAGAAUCAGCCAAUGAGAGGAACUUACCGCCUCCUCCUGUGCCGCCUCCUGUCAACAAGCCCGUGCAUGGACUACCAGACAGAGCUGCAAGUCAAGGUGAAGAAGGAUUGCGACCUCAGGCCCCAGUGAAACCACAGAGACACAGAAAGGCCAUGUCUUGUGACGCAGGCACUGACAGGGAAAGCCCUAAUAACGUUGAGAAGCCCCCAAAUCGCAAACCCCCCGUGAAAAAACCUAGACUACCCCAAAACAGAAAUAAGUCACUGGACUUGUCUGACAGCCUCAACUCAGCCUCCGGUCACGGCGAGCUGUUGUGAUGACUGGGAAAUUCACCCGCCCGAUGUCAUGACAACAGCGGAGCAUUUCACCCAACGAGGAAACAAAGAAAACCUUUUUACGAGAAGGGGAGAGCCAGAGCAAAAUUGUCUGACAGACAUCAUAAAGCAUCAGCCACCUGCUUCUGUUGAACACCCUUUAUGAAGUCCCGUCCCUCCCUCUUCACCCUGACGUUGUUUCUGUCUUUGCUUUCCUCUUACAUGAAAACUCCUUUGGUGGCUACAGUAUUUUAACAGUAUUUGCUACUUUAGAAAACCCCAUGGAUCAUUGUCUGUUGUGUCGGUGGACGCUGAGUGGCUUUGCUAGACCGAAAAAAAACAAGUCUUUGUUAGAAUGUCGUUCAUUCCUGACUGCUGAUACAGUUGAUUGCCUUGGUUGACACUUGAAAAUGAGUUGCUUCUUAUCAGAUGAAACUUGAUGAUUUAUAUCUAGUUUUGCUUUCAGGAACUGAAAGGUAAUAUAUUUUAUAGAAGAAAAUAAAUAUUAUGUAUGAGCACCCUCACUGUAUGAAUAAAACACUAAUGGAAAACAACUG